AUGUCCACAACCAUGACCAAGAAUGAUUCGGGCAGCGAGAAGCCUGACAUCGUCCACCAGGAUGAUGCUCUCUUCCACACAGCCAGCGAGGCUGGUCCAGAGAAGCCGAUCCCUCGCGUGGCCAAGGUCGAUUAUUCCGGAGCGUACGAGAAAACUGACCCGAAAGAGAUCGCUCUGGUCAAGAAACUCGAUCGAUGGAUUAUGCCUAUGCUGUGGUCAAUGUACUGGCUCAAUUAUCUUGACCGGAACGCCAUCGCUCUGGCUCGUCUAAACGACUUGGAGGAAGACCUUAACCUGUCGAGUACCCAGUAUCAGACAUGCGUGAGCAUUCUGUUUGUUGGUUACAUCCUGGGUCAGAUUCCGUCCAACAUGUUCAUCAACCGAACUCGGCCUAGCCGCUACAUGGGAAUCAUGAUGAUGCUUUGGGCGACGGUCAGCGCGCUUACGGCUCUAUCCAAGGAUUUUGUCGGCCUUCUUCUUACCCGCUUCUUCCUGGGUGUCACCGAGGCCCCUUACUAUCCUGGCGCCGUAUAUAUCCUAUCUGUGUUCUAUAACCGGAAGGAGAUCGCCACACGCAUCGCCAUUCUCUACACCGGCAACGUCCUUGCCACGGCCUUCGCCGGUCUGAUCGCCGCUGGUGUCUUCCAUGGCAUGGACAAUGCCAUGGGUCUUGCAGGUUGGCAGUGGCUAUUCAUCUUGCAGGGCGUUGUGACCUUUGUGAUUGCUCUUGUGGGAUAUUUCGUGCUUCCGGACUUCCCGCUUACGACGAAAUGGCUCACCGAGGAGGAGCGGCAGUUAGCAUAUAACCGAAUGGAAUUGGACACUGUUCAGAACAAGGGUGAGACGGGCACUCUGGCCGGUCUCAAACAGGCGGCUCGUGAUCCUCUAGUGUGGGUUUUUGCAUGCAUGGCCCACAUGCAUCUUGCGGCUAACGGGUUCAAAAACUUUUUCCCUACGGUUGUUGAGACCCUCGGCCUUGGUGAAACAGUUACACUUGUUCUCACAUGCCCACCUUACCUGAUCGCCGGCGCAAUUACGAUCCUGCUGUCUUGGUCGUCCGGUCGUUAUAACGAGCGCACCUGGCACAUUACGGUUUCAAAGUGUGUGGCCAUAGUUGGCUUCGUUGCCGCAGCUGCUACAAUGAACAUGGCAGGCCGUUAUGUCGCCAUGGUUAUCUUCACGAUUGGAACUUAUGGAGUGAAUAGUCUCAUCCUAGGCUGGUGUGGUAGUGUCUGUGGACAGACCAAGGAGAAGAAGAGCGCGUCCAUCGCUAUCGUGACGACAAUCAUGAAUGCAAGCUUCAUCUGGACUCCGUACCUGUGGCCCAAGAGUGACGGACCUCGAUACGCCAUUGCCAUGGGAGCCAGUGCGGGCUUCAGUUUGGCUACUUUCCUAUUGGCAUGGCUGGCCAAGUUCAUGCUAAUGAAAAGGAACAACAAGCUUCGUGCUUCCAACAAUGAGACCACGACCUUCUAUGUAUACUGA